AUGGAUCGUCUAAAGAACAUGCUCUUGUAUUUAGAAGGCCCAAAAAAUGUGGCUGACUUUCAGAAAUUGUGUGGAAUUGAAACAUUGAUACGGAAGGCAAAUAGGCCUAAUGGCUAUGAGACUACCGAUGUGAAGACUGAAAAUGGCGACGCCGGUAAGCAUUCGGACAAUUGCGAAUUGCGACAGAGAGAUAUACCUAACGGUUUCGCCAAGCAGGGCGAUUGUUCAGAAAACAAUUCCAAUACAUCACAAAAUGAAUUAAUUUCAAAUAGACUAAAUGGAAUUUGCCAUCAAACCACAAAUGGUUUUGUGAAAAAUGGACAUGUUCGAAAUGGAUUACAAACGAAUGAAUCAAUGUUAAAUAACAAAGACGAGGUAACGUAUAGGAUCCAUAACAGAUUGGUUCAUUAUCUGUUCCUAUUUGGCGCCGCACUAGGGAACGAGCAGUUUUAUUUGGUGUUUUUCCCAUUUUUAAUGUGGAAUGUUGACUGUCGACUACUAAGACAAAUGGUCAUAGUGUGGCAUGUCGGAAUGUACCUCGGACAGGCAGCAAAGGAUAUAUUCAGGAGACCCCGACCUGCAUCACCACCUGUGGCGUAUCUAGAGAAGAGAUAUGUCUCUGAAUAUGGCAUGCCAUCAACACAUUCUACAGUGGGUGCUAUCAUCCCAUUUUCAAUAUUGUAUUUGACCCUCAAUCAAUAUCAGUACAACUUUACUUUUGGUCUAACUGUGGCCUUGGUGUGGACAAUAUUAGUGGGCUGUAGUCGAAUCUAUCUGGGGAUGCAUACAGCGCUGGAUGUUAUAUGUGGGAUCCUGACUGCUUGCAUGAUUAUGCCAGUCCUACUGCCUCUGGUGGGGACAUUCGACUAUCUUCAGAUUACUCACCCGCUUGCCCCACUGGUCACAGUGCUAGGAUCCUUCAUCCUCUGCUUCGUGUAUCCACCUGUGAAGGAAUGGAAUACUGCUCGAGGAGACACCGCCACAGUGCAUGGUAUAGGGAGUGGCAUUUCCUUUGGAUGUUGGUUACAUUACAAUCUGGGUUUAAUGUAUGCUGUGCCUUCUGGAGCUCCCUAUGCAAUCAAGUUCCCAACAGUAGAAUGGGUUGCACUAAGCUUGGUGCGGAUUGCCGUGGGUGCCUCACUCAUUGCGGUAGGCAGACAUUUCGCAAAGAGGGGAGCUUUAAGAUUCCUGUGUUACAUGUACGGGCAAGACAGAAACAAUAUUCAAGUUCAGCGACAAAUGAAAGUGGAAACUCCGCAGAAGUUCUUCACCUAUUUCACAAUCUCUGUGGGAGCUGCUUUUAUAGCACCGGCUAUGUUUAGAACCUUCGGUAUCCACAGAGAGGCUUUCUUUACUGAAUUCUAGUGUCUCUAAUUUAUAUGUCAGAAAAAAUGCACUCAUGGUGGUCAUCACAUAUUUAGAUGUUAUAUAACCCAAUUGAACAGUUUUACAACCGCUUAGAUUUUUUUGCUUAUUUUAAUACAACUAUUAAAAAUGCUUGGAGGUAUGAAGAACAAAAGCUACAAAUGACAUUGGUCAAAGGGAGAUAAGCACCUCAAACAAGUUGAUGGCUGAACUCGUACAGAAAUGUUUUGUAAAUAAAUACCUAUGGAUAUGUAUGUUUUUAUUGUGGUGUUCAUUGAAGGUUUUUUUUUUUUUUUUUUUAAAGAUUUUGAUAUCAAUUGCAGUACACCACAUUAUUUUAAGAAAUUUUCAAACGAAAUAUCAAGAUAGAAAAUUA